AUGUGGGAAUGUGAAUUCCGUAAGCAGAAAAAAGACCAAAAACUCAAUCAUCUGGAAAGUCUACCCACCUUGAAUAAUCUCCCACUAGAUCCACGACAGUCUUUCUUUGGAGGUAGGACAGGCAACGCGAAAUCCUAUCACAAAUGCGCCGAUGGGGAAACUAUUCAGUAUGUUGAUGUUUGUUCCUUGUACCCUUAUGUGUGUAAGUAUGGGAAGUACCCUGUAGGCCACCCAACUAUCUAUGUAGGAGACAGGGAGUGUCAUGAGAGAGGUAUGGAAGUAGAGGGGUUGUUGAAAUGUAAAGUCCUACCGCCUCGUGAUCUCUAUCACCCUGUACUCCCUACAAAAAUGAAUGAUAAAUUGAUGUUUGUGUUGUGUAGGACUUGUGGGGAGAUGAUGUAUCAGGGAGAGUGUAACCAUGGUGGUGAUAAUAGGGCACUAGUUGGGACAUGGACCAUGGAUGAGAUCAGGAAGGCUGUAGAGAAAGGGUACAUUAUACUGGACAUGUAUGAGUUAUGGGAGUACCAGGUAGCAACUUAUGAAAACGGGGGUUUGUUCACAGACUUUAUUAAUAAAUUUUUAAAGAUGAAACAGGAAGCUUCGGGCUAUCCAGAGUGGUGUAAGACCGAGGAGGACAAAAACAAGUAUAUUGCAGACUAUUUGACACAUGAGGGAAUCAAGCUGGAGAAAGACAAAAUUGUUAAGAACGGGGGUUUGAGAUCUUUGGCAAAAUUAAUGUUAAACAGUUUCUGGGGAAAAUUCGGACAGAGGGAGAACCAGACUAAAGCCACAAUCGUUAGGGAUUCUAAAACUCUUUUUCAAAUGUUUUCAUCCCCCGAAAUAGAUGUAAAUAGACUCCAAACCGUCAAUGAGGAGGUUGUAGUUGUUUCUUGGGAGUACUUGGAAGAAGUCGGGGAACCUCUCAGUAAUGUAAAUGUUUGUAUUGCUGCCUACACCACAGCGCAGGCGAGACUCAAGCUCUACGAAUACCUUGAGGCCCUAGGAGUUCAAGUAUUAUAUUAUGACACAGACAGUGUCAUUUUUUACCACCGUCAAGGCCUGUACAGAGUUCCUACGGGAGAUUAUCUCGGCGAAAUGACUGACGAAUUGACAGAUUACGGACCCGACUCCUAUAUCACUGAACUUGUCUCUGGGGGACCUAAAACUUAUGCGUACCUUGUCUGGUCAACAAAUCAACGAAAAAUUAUCCCCAUAUGUAAAAUCAAGGGUCUCACCCUCAACUUUAAAACAUCAAAAGUUGUAAACUUUGAAAAACUUAGAGAAAUGGUCCUAAGUGAAGUAAAACAGUCAAUUGAAAUUGAAGAAAGUAGAAUCAGAAGAACAAAAGAUAGAGACAUCGUUACGAUUGCAGAGAGCAAAGUGUUUAGAAUCACUGGCCCAAAAAGAAGGUAUGAAGGAGAGUAUGACACUCUACCUUUUGGUUUUAGAAAAGUCCAAAGAGACUUGUAA